AUGGCCACAGUAUCUUCAAUAUUAAAUGAUUCUUCAACAUCAUCAUCGACAAUUAAUACGCCUACAACGAAAUCUUCUCAACAUUUAAGUCGAAGUCUCGAACGUGCUCUCGAUGAAGCUGCUUAUACAUGUGAGCUUGUUUUGAAUGGUCGUAAACUCCGUGAGUUUCCAAAUUAUACCUACAAAACUACCAAAUGUGAUCUAUCAGAUACAAUUACAGCUGAUCUUUCUCGUAAUCGUUUUACUGAAUUUCCACGUGUAUUAUGUUCAUUUUUCUCUCUCGAAUAUCUUAAUCUAUAUGAUAAUAUUAUUAAAUCCAUACCUGAACAAAUUAUUCAAAUACGUUUGCUCAAAGUUCUUGAUUUAAGUCGAAAUCAACUCGCUUAUAUUCCACCAACAUUAUGUAAAUUAUCCAAUUUAGAAGUUUUAAUUAUUAAUAAUAAUAAACUUGUUUCAUUGCCUGAAGAGAUCGGUCAAUUAGAAAAAUUAAUCGAAUUAGAUGUUAGUUCGAAUGAUUUAACACAAUUGCCAUAUCAACUAGGCACACUAAUAUUUUUACGUACAUUGCAAAUUCGUCGAAAUAUGAUUAUUGAAUUACCAACAGAAUUGUGUAAUUUGAAAUUGAUUCAUUUCGAUUGUUCGUUUAAUCGAAUAACUCGUUUACCAUUGAAUUUACGAGAAAUGGCCAGUUUAAUUGAAUUAAAUGUCGAAAACAAUCCAUUAGAAAGUCCACCAGCAUCGGUCUGUACGCUUGGUUUACUUCAUAUAAUGCGUUUUCUUCUCGUCGAAGCAAUGAAAGAAGAAAAACGUCGCGGAUUAUUAACUGAACAUGAAAUUAAUUCGAAAUAUCGAAAUUCAUUUUCAUAUCAAGGAUCCAGACAUUUACAAUGUGGUGCGCAAAUGAAGAAAACCGUUGUACCAUCCGAUUCAGGUUAUCUAACAACGGAAAGCAGUGAAAAAACAGUUGGUGAUGAUGAUUCUGUGUUAAGCAUGCCAAAUGAUAAUUCGCUUCGUAGUGAACCCACUCUUAUGCUUACCCUUACGGAUGAAUUUUCUAAAGAAUUAGCGAGACAAAAAGCUGAUUAUGACAAGAAGAAGUGUCAAGCGUAUCAAUUAAAAUUGCAUUUACUACAACAAUUAGGUGAAACCGAGACUCAGAGAGCAAAAACGAGAGAAGUGGCACGAAAAACACACGAUGAAAAAUUAGCUAAAAUGGAAAAACAACGAGAAGAUGCUCGACGAAAAAUGGAGAACAGUAGAAAUAUUCAGUUAUUUAAUUUUUCUUCUAAACAACGUUCAUGGCCUUCGUCAACAUUAAAUCGACAAGUGUCAAAUGUUGAAUCAUCCAUAUCCGGUACAAUAAUAAAUGAUAAUAGUGAAAAUUAUAAAUCCUAUCAACGUUCAUUAUCAGUAGAUGAUUCAACAGUAGAUGAUUUACUGCUAAGAAAAAAUCGUGCAGUUAGUGUUGAACCAACUUUAAAUCGUGGUAAUAAUGAUAUUAAAAUUAAAAAUGGACAUAAUCAUCAUUAUCUUCAUCAUCAACGAUCGUCGCCGAAUGGAUCAAUACAUUCAAAUGAUAAUACAGUAAAAAUGAACAGACAAUUUACAAGUUCAGACACUAUAGAUGAAUCAAUAACGAUUUCGGAAAGCAUUAUUAUGAAUCAGAUACCAAAUUAUGAUAGAAAAGACGAUUUACCCUACAAUCAUUUUGAAGAAAGUCGAUUAGCUAAAUUAAGAUAUUUUGAUAAUGGUGAAAUCAGUUCUAACCGAACUAUACUCAGCUUUAAUUCACAAUCGAAAGGGUCGUCUUUCAAAAAUGGUCAAAAUGCACAAUUAUCCUCGGACGAUCCUGCUUUUGCAAUGCGUCGUCAUUUACUUCAUACAAAUGAAGAUCAUCUACAAAUAGAACAAUUAAAAAAGACAAUUGAAGAACGUUUAAAGGUGACAUUACCCGAUGAUAUAGGCUAUGCCUUAAACGAUGGUGUUGUUCUGUGCCACUUUAUCAAUCAAAUUCGAGCACGUUCAGUUCAAAGUAUUCAUGUACCGUCACAAGCAGUACCAAAACUUUCCUCAGCUAAAUGUCGACGAAAUGUUGAGAAUUUUAUUGACGCUAGUCGACGCAUUGGCGUGCCAGAGGUCGACCUGUGCACUGCUGACGAUAUUAUUGAAGAAAAACAUACGACGAUAAUGAGUUUUACACACGAUCUUAAAUUACCGACUUACGAAGAAUUGGAAUGUCCAGUUGUAAAUGUAUCAUCACCGGCACUUCGCGCAGGAAGUUUUCAUUUGGCGAAAUAUUGCGAUUUACAAUUUAAAGAAUUUAUGUUAUGUCGACAGGAAGAGCAAGACCCAAGAAAAUGUAUAAAAGAAGGCAAAGAAGUUUCAUUAUGUUCAAUUGAUUUUUUUCGUAAAGUACGUGAUACUUGUAAUGAUACAUUUACCACAUUUUGGACAUGUCUUGAUAAUGCUCGCGAUGGUGAAAUGUCAUUUAAUUCUUGUAAACAAGAGCAGAGAGCCUUCUCACAAUGUGCCAAAGAUAAAAUAAAUAUAGAACGGCCUGAACCAGGCUAUUUUUCAAUGGUGCGCAUGCAUGAUACUAAACGACCUAUACCAUCGGAUCCAUUUCGUAUUGGUUCAUUGGAGCGUCAUCCACCAAAAUUAGAAGUACCAAAUCCACCAUCAAUAGCUCAAGCUGAUGAAUAUCCAGAAGCAAGAACUGGAAUGAAAUUUGGACAUCGAAAACCGUGGAUGUUCGAAGGAAAAUUAUGGGACUAA